AUGAGGAAUCAAGGGCUGGGGCUUGUUUUUAGAGGAAAGCACGUGAAUGGCCAUGUGGAAAAGACGGUAAAGAUUUGGCGCGACUAUCGCCCGUCGCCUGUUGCCCGCGCUCUCCCGCUUCAGAGGGCUUCCGUCUCUGCCUUCAGAGGGUUGGCCUUCUGUGCUUCGCCAACUUCCAUCACCACACACACCUCGAGCUGUCGACGCCAUCCCUCCCAACCUCACGGCCUGACGAAUGCCUAG